GCGCUAUGCAAAUGAGACAGCUGUCCGAGAGGAAGGAUCUGCUCAACGGCUCUGCGGGCUGAAAAUGGCGGACGAUGAGACUAGUCUCGGAACGGCCUUUUCAGCCGUCUCCGAUAUGGAAGAACCUGCCGCGAAAAGGUCCAAAAUGUGCUCGUUAACUAACCACGGAUUCAAAGUCGCUAAAACAGAAACAUUAUCAUGCGUCUCUGGGGCUACAGAGAGCUGGGAGCCGGGGGUGAAUUGUGCGCAGCCAGCGGAGAAGGAAGCAAAGCCGGUGAUGGCGGUAGAGCAGGCCCCAACAACAGCGCUGGGAGGAGACAACAAUGGACUGGGACUGCUGGUCUCCGAGCCGCACAAACCAGUAGUUAAACUAGACGACAGCGCUAUGCUAGGGACAACUGAGGAGAGUGCUGAUUUCCUUGGACAUGACGAUCUUCCCUCCUACGGCCUGGCUGUCACGCCGGACCACAUCAACGAGGAGGACGAUGACAGAUCCUCACAUGCAAGCUCCAGUGACUGGACACCUCAACCGCAAAUAGGUUCCUACAGUUUCAUCCAGCAACACAUCAGAGAGACCGAUCCGAGGACCAUUCUGAGGGAUUUGCUGCCUGAGACUGUACUCCCACCAGAUUUAGACGACAUGACAUUGUGGCAGAUUAUCAUCAACAUCUCAGAACCUCCAAAAAGAAAGAAGCGGAAAGAUAUUAACACCUUAGAAGAUGUGGUCAGGCUACUCCAUGAAAGUAAAAGGAUCCUUGUGCUGACUGGUGCUGGGGUGUCAGUUUCAUGUGGAAUACCAGACUUUCGCUCCAGAGAUGGAAUUUAUGCACGGCUCGCUGUAGAUUUUCCUGAUCUUCCAGACCCUCAAGCUAUGUUUGACAUUGAAUACUUCAGACAGGACCCAAGACCCUUUUUUAAGUUUGCUAAGGAGAUCUACCCUGGUCAGUUCCAGCCGUCACCCUGUCACAAAUUCAUAUCCAUGAUGGAUAAGCAGGGGAAACUGCUGCGCAAUUACACCCAAAACAUUGAUACAUUAGAACAAGUGGCUGGAGUUCAGCGGAUUAUCCAGUGUCAUGGGUCGUUUGCAACUGCUUCCUGUCUCGUCUGUAAACACAAAGUGGAUUGUGAAGCUAUAAGGGAAGACAUCUUUAACCAGGUUGUCCCUCAUUGUCCACGGUGUCCAGAUAUUCCUCUGGCAAUCAUGAAACCUGACAUCGUCUUCUUUGGAGAGAAUCUUCCAGAAAUGUUCCACAGAGCCAUGAAGCAGGAUAAAGAUGAGGUGGACCUCUUGAUUGUCAUUGGCUCUUCACUUAAAGUCCGACCAGUUGCCCUCAUCCCAAACUCCAUUCCUCAUGGAGUGCCUCAGGUCUUGAUCAAUAGGGAGCAGCUGCCUCACCUCAACUUUGACGUGGAGCUACUUGGGGACUGUGAUGUCAUUGUCAAUGAACUCUGCCAUCGGUUGGGUGGGGAUUUUGAGCAGCUCUGCUACAACACUGUAAGACUCACAGAGACCACGGAGAAACCCCCUCGGUUACCAGAACAGCCACCAGGUGAGGCCUUGCCUGCUUCCAGCGAUGCAGCUCAGGAGGAGCAGAAGCAGCACAGUACAGACUCCGUAACUAAGCCUUCAGAGGAGACGGAAAGUCCGAAUGUCACAGAAACUGCCGGUAAUAAUGUUACACCUCCAGAGCCUUGUCCAAAUGCUCAGUGUCCCAGUGAAGAGACGGCUGAGCCCUCAGAGUUACCAGCAGAAGACGCACCAAAAGAGGAGGCCGCUGGAGUAAAGAGCCAGACCUCCAACCUUGAAUUUCGUAGACGAUGCUGGAUGAGUCGAAUCAACAGAAGUCCAAUCAGCAAACGCCUUGAGACAGGCCAGUACCUGUUUCAAGCACCAAAUCACUAUAUCUUCCAUGGGGCUGAGGUCUACUCUGACUCUGAAGACGAGACGUCGAGCUCCUGUGGAAGUGACAGUGACGAGUCUGAAUGCAGCGGAGAUGGGGUGGAGGAAGACAGCGAGCCAGAGGAAGCCGACACAUUAGCAGCAGAUGAAGAGACAUGCCUAAGAGACACAAUACAACACACUUUAGCCAAUGAGGCCACAUCGAGUGUGCAGACAGACAUUACUUCUGAAAAAACUCAGAGCACCACACACCUUUAAAUGUAAAGUACCCAGUCGACAAAGCACUAAUUAUCUUUUUUUAUUAUUAUUAUAUAUAUAUAUAUGUUUCGUAUAUUUUUGACUCCUCAACCGUACUAUUAUUUUUCAUAAAGUUGAAAUUGCGUGACAACUUUUUGUGAAUAUGCAGCAAGUUUUUUGUUGUGUGUGCCCAGUUUGAUCACAUGCAUUGGGUCUGAAACCUCAUACUGUAUACCACACGCUAAAGAAUGCAGUAUUUGUUUUUUUGAUUUUUUUCAGGAUUUCCUUCGAUGUGCUCAUCUCAUUUUUAUUCACAUCCAGAUACAAGCAAACACUUCAAAUUUCUCAUCCCCCAGUGUGAAGUCAGCUGUGGUCUAAUGAUUUUUUUAAGUCACUUCAUGUUACCAUUUGGAAACAUGUACAUAUGUAAGACUGCCUGCUAAAUAGUGGGUACUAUGAGUUUCAGACGUACAGAAAUCUUCAGAUGGUUUACUUGAACACAUUGUCUAACUUGCAAUAUAAACGUUCAGCUCUGCCCUUUAAUGAGGGUAAAAGCUAGAAAAAAAGAUCAGUACUCUUUAAUUUCAGACCAAAGAACACUUUAUCAACACGCUCCUAUGUUGUCAUAAGCUUUGUAUGUUUAACCUGUCAUUUAAAUCUUGGAAAAAUAUAAUUGAAAAGGUGUUCCUUCUGACAUGUGGCAGCUACUUUAUAUGCUCAAGCCUUAUUUUUAUACUCCGAUGUGAGACAUACUCAUCAAAGAGUAGAUGAUAGUUUAUAUCUGUACAAAGUUAUACUAAGUUGUAAUAUUAAGCCUAAGGAAGAUAUUCAGAGUUCACAUUGAAAAAUGGCACUCUUUUCCCUUCUUAUAAAAGCGAUUUUCUUGCCCAUGUCACUUUUCAUAGAACAUAACGUUAAAACAGUUUCAUUGAUUAUACAGGAGUCUUCUGCCUGUUAAGAUUAUGUUUUGGUAAAUAGACAUAUUUGAGCCAAUUUGUAGGAUAAAGGUCUACGCCAACACGUUCACAUACCAAUUACAAGGUAAUGUUUUGUUUACGGUUUAAGGAAUAAGAUUUUUUUUACAUCCUUGUUAUCUCUUCUGGGGUUCUCAGUAAAAAAAAAGAAUGAAACACA